AUGAACUUAACUAGUUUUACUUUGGUCAUCACCUUAAUCUUUUGUCUUUAUACUCGAGAAAUUAAUGCAAUUCCAGCAUAUGCACUUACUAACGAAAACUUGAACAAAAAUUACCUGCAAAGCACUUUAUUGACACACAAUCCAAACAAACCUGCUACUAUCCUGACUGAAGCCGCACUAUACGAUCCAGUUGAAUUUGACUUACAAGAAGAUGAACCUACCGAAGAGCCUGAAAUUCCGGAUGAGGAAAGACAAAAUCGAUUCAUUCCUAUCCAUGAAAUUCGACAUCGAGAAAUUUAUCACGAAAGACCUAGGCCUAGACUCGGAAUUGACGUACUUCGUAUUUAUUUGGAUGUUUUGGCAGAUUUGCUUGAACGUUUAUACGCAAUCGAUGAACGAAUUCCUCUUGAUCGUCUAUCUGAAUUAGUCGGCCGAAAGCCUGGUGCCACGCCAAAUAUAGGUUUAUUGGGCGGAAUUUUAGGUCGAUCGAGGGAAGAUUAG